AUGCGGCUGCCACCCUCAGAUAUCCAAUCAGGCUGUCACCUCAGCGGGGGGCGUGAUUAUGAAGUCCCUGUGAAGUGUGGCUGUGGUGGGGGGUGCGGAGGGGGCAGCGCCCCCACCGCAGGUAGAGGCUUAUAUAAGCCCUCUCCCGCCAACACCCCAGAAGAUUCCACUUCAUCUAGAAUAGAGUCCCCCCCCCCGCCGCCCCGCCCACUGCCCCCUGCCUCCCUCCCAGCGCACAGCUGCCCCUCAGCCUCCGCCAGAGGUCAGAUUGUUCUCUCCCCCCACCCCCAGACCCUCUCUUCAGAGGAUCCUUUAGACAGUUAUUCUCUUCCAGCCCAGUCUCAGCCCCCCCAGGACGAAGAUCCCCAGCCCAGAGAUUUCCGCAGAUAUUCCCCACCCACAGCCCAGAGUUUCUGCAGACCUACAGAGAUAUCACAGCCCAGAUUCAGUCCCUCGCGCUCCAUCCAGCCCCGCCCCAGCCAGAACAGAUCUUCCCCCCCCCCGCUCAUGCAGCCGGCAGAAACCCCAGGAUUGGUCCCCAGCCACCCCAGCGCCAGAGCAGUCAGGUCCCCCACCGAGAUCCCGCCCGCUGUACCUCUCACCAUAACACAGAUCCCCAGAUACAGAGACAGACCAGCCCACCCCCCCCCCACCGCUGCCACUGCUCCCCCGCCACCAGACCCCCCCCUCGCCUCCCAUGCCUCCAGAGUCUCCAAGCCCCGCCUCCCUCCCGCCCCGCCCCACCCCAGUUUAGUGAAUCGCCCAGGAGCCAACCAGAGCAGAUCCGUAUACCUCCCCCAGCCACCGAUCCAGUCUUUCCAGGCAGUGGCCCGCUCCCCCGCGCUCCCAGCAACCUCGGACCAGCAUCUUCCUGAUUACAGCAGCUCUCACUUCCCGCUCCGGCACAUGCCCCGCCUCAGGUGCGCCCAGCGCCUUGUCAGCUGCAGCAGUCGACCAGAUACCCCAGAUAUCCGCGCAAGCGCCAAAGCAGAAGCAGACAGAGUAUCCCACCUCGCCUGCCGCGUCGACCCCCAGAUUGCCUCUUGCCCCCAGGACCCGCAUCCCCCCCCCGCUGAGGGCAAAGCCAGGCCCCGUAACACCCCCCCUCACCCCAGCCUCUCAGGCUCCCAGAGCCCCCCAGCGCUAACAUCGCCCCAUCCCCCCCCAACCAGAUUCCUGCCCAGCCCACAGAUUCAGAUCAGAGCCCCUCCCCAGUCCAGUCCAGCCCUCAGAUACUCAUACGCACUCCUACCACGCCAAUCACAGGGCCCACAGACUCCGCGAGCCCACCUGAGCCUAGAUAUACAGCAGGCCAUCCCCUACCAGGACCCCCUCCCAGACACCCCACCUACCCCGCAGGCCCAUCAGCGCCCAGCCAGACUCCGCCCCAGACACAGGCACUGUCGCCUGGCCGCAGCCGCCACAAAACACAGACGGAGACUAGAUAGAACGAGAUCAGCCCUCCAGAUUGCCAUCGCCAGGUCAGCCAGUGCCCUGCACCCCCCCCCCCCGCAUGUCUGGUCCACAGUCUCCCGCAGAUCAGCAGCAGCACCCCCCGCAGCAGACAGCCCCCCCAGCCUCCUGCGCAGCCCUCCGCCAGCCAGCGCGCACAGAGAUUAUAUCCUGUCAGACCGUAGCCCUCGACGUCCCUCAGAUAAUUGGGCCCCAGCCGGCAGAUAUCCCUACCAGAACACCCUGCCAGCACCCCGGACCAGCCAGAUCACUUCUCUUCCGCGUCCCGCCCCAGCGGCCCGCCGCCUCCCUUGUUCCCCAGCCAGUCCCCUGCACGAGUGGCUCCCCCGCACGCAGCCCCCCAGGCCCUCAGAGACCCAGACCCCUCUUAGCGUUAAUAGCCCCUCGUGCACCUCGCACCGCAAGAGACCCGCCAGUCGACCCCCCCCAGGCAGAUACCUCCCCGCCCUCCCCGACCGCACCCUGGCAGACUCUACACCCAGCACCCCCAUACACAUCCACCCCAGCGACCCCUCAGUUGAGAGGAAGUUUUUACCCCAGCGCUCCAGAUAUCAUCACAGGAACACCAGCACCCAUUCCCCAGAUAAGAGAUCAGAUUCUCCCCCCCCAGCCAAGGUGCCCCAGCUCCCUCAGCUUCAGUCGGUACAGGAACUAAAAACCGUGACUGAUAUCCACCCCCCAGACUAA